AAGUAUAUACUCAACUGUUAAGCCCUCCAGAACACGAGGCAAAUAUUGGCAUGCCCCAUUAUUGACACCUAAGCCAGACGUCCGUCUCUUAGAUGACAUACGGUAGCGCUUCCGCCCUCGCUCGAAUCUCGCUCCUCUCGGAAAAGGAGGGGCGGAGGGUUUGUGUCAUCAUUCUGCGCCGGCCUGUCCCGCGACGCGCCGGCGGCGCAGCCCUGCGCUCCCCCGGCCUCCCCCUCCCUGGUUCCGCGCUCUGGUUCCGCCAUGGAGUCCAACAAGGAUGAAGCCGAGCGCUGUAUUAGCAUCGCCCUCAAGGCCAUCCAGAGCAACCAGCCCGACAGAGCGCUCCGCUUCCUGGAGAAGGCACAACGGCUGUACCCGACACCGCGAGUUCGCGCCCUGAUCGAGUCCCUCAACCAGAAACCACAGACUGCCGGUGACCAACCCCAACCCACAGACGCAACCCAUGCCACCCAUAGGAAGGCAGGUGGCACCGAUGCCCCCUCGGUCAAUGGUGAAGCUGGAGGAGGAGAGAGCACCAAAGGCUACACUGCAGAACAAGUGGCAGCUGUGAAAAGGGUCAAGCAAUGUAAAGAUUACUACGAGAUCCUGGGGGUGAGCAGAGGGGCCUCCGAUGAGGACCUGAAGAAGGCCUACCGCAAACUGGCCCUCAAAUUCCACCCAGACAAGAACCAUGCUCCUGGCGCCACUGAAGCUUUCAAAGCCAUUGGCACAGCAUAUGCGGUCCUUAGCAACCCAGAGAAAAGGAAGCAGUAUGACCAGUUCGGUGACGACAAGAGCCAGGCAGCCCGGCACGGCCAUGGGCAUGGGGACUUCCACCGUGGCUUUGAGGCUGACAUCUCCCCUGAAGACCUCUUCAACAUGUUCUUUGGCGGUGGCUUCCCUUCUAGUAAUGUCCAUGUCUACAGCAACGGCCGCAUGCGCUAUACCUACCAGCAAAGGCAGGACCGCAGGGAGAACCAGGGUGACGGCGGGCUAGGGGUGUUUGUGCACCUGAUGCCCAUCCUCAUCCUGAUCCUCGUGUCUGCUCUCAGCCAGCUUAUGGUCUCCAGUCCGCCCUACAGUCUGAGCCCGAGGCCGUCGGUGGGCCACGUCCACAGGCGGGUCACUGACCACCUGAGCGUCGUCUACUAUGUGGCAGACACCUUCUCUGAGGAGUACACAGGCUCCAGCCUUAAAACGGUGGAACGGAAUGUGGAAGAUGAUUACAUCGCCAACCUCCGAAACAACUGCUGGAAGGAAAAGCAGCAGAAGGAAGGCUUGCUGUACCGGGCCCGCUACUUUGGCGACACAGAUAUGUACCACAAAGCACAGAAGAUGGGUACCCCAAGCUGUAGCCGACUGUCAGAGACUAUGAAAUCCCUGGAGAAUUUUUGGUGACAAGCACUGAGCCAAGGUGAUGGACUGUAUAUUUAAGGAAAGACAUACAAAGAAAAAAAAUUAAAACGGAAUUGGAGGCCGAACGCCGCACAACUACCCUCUCUCUCACCCAGUAAAUGCAGAAAGCUCUUAGGACAGACAGAAAACCUGCCACGGGGCUGCUUCCCUCCCUCCCAGGGCUGGCAGAGGCUCCGCUCUCUCCUAGGAUACAGAAACCAUGGCAACGAAACUAGAAUGUAAAACUUGCAGCAAAUGUCUGUGGGAAGCGUUGGGGGAGGGGGUUGCCCAACUGCCUUCCUCCCCCUCCCAGGAGCCACCACCAGUCACCUCUCAGGAGAAGCCAGAGGUGUUGGCCACGGGCAGGAGGAGGAAAUAGAAUUCUCCACAGAAUGUAAUUUAUAGAUGCGUAUAUACAUAUAUAUAUCUAUUUAUAUGUAAAUAGGCAUAUAUAAAGAUAUAUAGAGAGAGAGAGUCUACUUUUUGAACUAUGCAGGGAUUGGUUAAGUUGUUUAGCUUUCUUCCAUGUUGUAGAAAAUGAGGCGUAUUUGGGGAAGGCAACCUGGAAAAGCUAGACAUUAGCUGUAGCUGACAGCGUAAGGAAAGUCGGGUCAUGUGCUUUUAACAUCCCCCUGCGCCCCAGCCUGUUUGUGAAGGCAGCAGUAAUCAUGAUGGUCUGAAUCCACAAAGGCCGCCAGGUGUCAGGGUAAGCGGGAGAGGAGCAGGCCAUGGAGGGCGAAAGGCAGCCCCAGGGGCAGGUGCCAGGUCAGUAUUGAGUCGUGGCAGAGCCCCCCCCCCCGCCCUUCCCCCACAGAACCUGCUGGAGCGAGACCACCCGCCUCAGGCUGUCCCUCUCCUUCGGCCAGCUCAGGUGGGCUCUCUGUCCUGGUACCCAGGAGCCCCCCAGCCUCCUGCUCACAGAAUGGCAGGGCUUGGAGAAGGGGCCGGGUCCUACCUAACCACUUCCCCGCCCCUAAGUCCCUAAGUGGGUUUUGCCUUAUAGGUAUCACAGGGCACAGCUCCAUCAUUGCCACUGGGUUUCCCUAAGUUGUGCGUCCAGGACUCCAGAAGGCUCUUCCUCCUUCUUCCUCCAAGAUUCAGACAGUGGUGCCCAGGACCUCGGGGCAGUGGCCCCGCCCCUGAAGAACAGUCAGUGCCUGUGGGCGCCUCUGUCUUCACCCUCCACGGAUGUGACUCCACCGGCCUCCUCUCACACUUUGGACAAAGGAUACAUCGGAACCACAAUAGUUCUCUUACCCUCUCCUUCCAAUGAAGAUUUUUCGCAAAACAACAGUUGCUGCCAGGGAGGGAGGUUUUAUUUAUUCCCACAGUUUAUACUGGGCCUUUUGGAAUUACCAUUUUUCCUGAGGCGGUGGGUGUGUCAUUGAGCCUGCUGUCUUCCAAAGCCUUACUCUUCCCGAGCUGCCAGCCGGGAGGUGGUAACGAUCCUCCCAGAAUUUCUCUUUGCUCUUUUUUUAAAAAUCCCCCAACAAAUAGGAUUCUUGCUGGGAAAGGAAAUUUGGUAAGGAAAUGUCAAAUCUGGUUUUUAAACAAGGUCCCACCCUGCAAUGAAGCGGCCACUCCAGCCCAAAGAGAUCAUAAGAACUGGACAUGGGCCAGAAUGCCCGCCCGCGGUGGCCCUGGUGCUCUGCCCCCACUAACCCGACUGGUCUUGGUAGAUGUCCCUAGAUGGGCUGAGCCAUGUGCAAUAAGAACAUAGAUCCUAAGAGAUCCCCCGAGAAGCUGUAUUUCUUGAAUUAGAAUUCUGAAAUUGUACACCUAUAAAUAUAUGUUUAUUAUGUGA